CACACAUGUCGUCCGCGUUGCAAUGGGUUGCGUUUAAAUAGGCAGGUCCAUACGGAACACUCUCAUCAGUUUGGUACUGUCCACCAGCCCAGCGUGUCCGUCAGCUAUUGUUUAAAAGCCUCAACACUCUCCCCAAAAAAAUCUGCAAAAUGGCCCUCAAGUCCGAUCCCGUCUUCGAGCGUAUUGCCAAGCGUCUGGAGAGCAUCGACCCGAACAACCGCCAGGUGCAGCAGGUGUACAAGUUCCGCAUCCAGCAGAACGGCACGGUCGUCAAGACCUGGGUGCUGGACCUGAAGGCGGUCAAGCUGACCGAGGGCGAUGGUCCGGCCGAGGCCACCCUUACCAUGGAGGAUGACAUCAUGUUCGCCCUCGGCACCGGUGCCAUGCCGGCCAAGGAGGCCCUCGCCCAGGACAAGCUGGACGUGGAGGGACAGGUCGAGCUGAUCUUCCUGCUGGAGCCGUUCAUUGCUUCGCUCAAGAAGUAAGCCGGGGCGCGCCGCGCACCAAACGGAGCACCGUCACACGUACCACGCGAACAUCGAAAAUGCCACCCGUCGAUGGGCUUGGAUUAAUUUAUUGCAACAUUCACACACGCAUAUACCAUUACGCACACGCAGCCCGCAAACCGUAGGAACAUCUUAGCCGGCUUCCUCACCCCCGCCUGCGGACGGGAUGCAAACAAACUAUCGGUAUUUGUUUUCUGGUUUGAUGCAUCGCCCGGGCAUCACCAACCACCACCAUAUCAUGCGCGCCCGGCCCUAUUUAUUAACAACCUUCCAUCGUACAUCGCUGGUCUGCAACAUUUGCAGACACAUGGUGGUGUACACAACACUGGGCGCACGCACCACCAUCCGCGUUGAUUGCGCCCUGUACCAAAGGAUUAUUAAAUGAUGCUUGAAAACAGAA